AUCUCGCGAUAAUCUUAUGCUUACAAAUCGUUGUAAGUUUCAAGACUUCUUGCAAGCUGUCUCAACUUCAAAUUCAUCGCCGUAAAUCGUAAAUGUCUUUUCGUGUCCCAUCGUUCACAACUUAACAACGUGACGAAAACGCAAUGGCGAAAUUUGAUUUAACGUCUCGUAUAGGUCAAUAUCUGGAUCGCCACUUGGUAUUUCCUUUAUUGGAAUUCUUAUCGGCGAAACAGAUUUACGAUGAAGAUCAGUUAUUGCAAGCGAAACUUAACAUUCUCAGUAAAACAAACAUGAUUGAUUACACUAUCGAUAUUAGAAAACAGCUUUAUCCAAAUGUGGAAGUACCAGAGGAGAUAAAAGCCAGACGUGCUGAUGUACUUCAAGAACUCAGCGUACUUCAGAAUAAUGUCUCGGUAGUUUUAGCUCUUAUGAAUAACGAGGAGGUUAUGAAGAAGAUGGAGAACAUGCGUGAUUCUAAAGCACUUAAUAAUUACCUCACACAAGAAUCAGAUUUUAGGGUAGAAAUGAUGGACAGCUUUGUAAAGCUAGCAAAAUAUCGUUAUGAAUGUGGCAAUUAUUCUGUUUCCACAUCGUAUUUAUAUUUUUAUAUGUUGAUAAUGCCCCCUACUGAUAAGAACUACUUGAAUGUCUUAUGGGGAAAAUUGGCAUCAGAGAUUCUUGUACAAAACUGGGAAACAGCACUGGAAGAUGUAAACAAGCUACGAGAAUAUAUUGACAGUAAUGUUAUUGGUAAUUCACUGCAAGUAUUACAACAACGCACAUGGCUCAUUCACUGGAGUCUGUUUGUAUUUUUCAAUCAUGUGAAGGGCAGAGAUCUCAUUAUCGAGAUGUUCCUCUAUCGACCACAUUAUUUAAAUGCUAUUCAAACAAUGUGCCCACAUAUACUCCGUUAUUUGGCUGCUGCAGUUAUUGUCAAUCGUUCCCGGCGAUCUAUUUUAAAGGAUCUUGUAAAAGUGAUACAGCAGGAAUCUUAUACCUAUCGAGAUCCCAUCACAGAAUUUCUCGAGCACUUGUAUGUUAAUUUUGACUUUGAUGGCGCCCGGCAGAAAUUACAAGAAUGCCAAACUGUUGUCUUUAACGACUUCUUUUUAAUUGCUUUAUUGAAUGAGUUCGUAGAAAAUGCACGAUUAAUGAUUUUCGAAACAUUCUGCAGAAUUCAUCAAUGUAUUAGUAUCCAAAUGCUUGCGGAAAAGUUGAAUAUGAAGGCAGAUGUAGCAGAAUGCUGGAUUGUGAACUUAAUCCGUAAUGCACGUUUAGAUGCUAAGAUCGAUAGCAAAUUGGGACAUGUAGUAAUGGGCGGGCAGCCCGCAUCGCCGUAUCAACAAUUGGUCGAGAAAAUUGAGACUUUGAGUGUGCGAAGCGAGGCACUAGAAAAUUUAAUUGAGAGAAAACUAAAAGCGAAGACUCAAGAUUCAGUAAGUAUAGUGUGGAACUAACAGAGUAUCAACACUCGUGGAAUUUGGAUUUGUGACAACCUGAUACAAUAUGGAGAAGCAAUAUCCAAAAGAAGUAUUUUAAUUUCAGCUAUAGCAGUAAUAUAAGACUUGCGGUAUAAUUUGUUUUUCUAAAAGAAUGACAUUAUGAAUAAUGUAAGUAUUUUUAUUUGCUGCUGUGUCAAUUUGGAAUUUUCAAUCCAUAUUGUAUAACAAACAAUAAAAAAUAUGCACAUAAUA